AUGGGGGAGGACGCUGCCCACUCCGACAAGUCCCAGGGCUCUGAGCUGCGGCCCGAGAAGCCAGCCAGCCCCAGCCCGGCGCCCUCCUCCACGCCCAGCCCCAGCCUGCACCUGGGCAGCGCGGACGAGGCGGCCCGGGACCAGGUGAACGCGGUGACGGUGCUCACGCUGCUGGACAAGCUGGUGAAGAUGAUGGACGUGGUGCAGGAGAACCAGCACAAGAUGGAGCAGCGGCAGAUCAGCCUGGAGGGCUCGGUGAAGGGCAUCCAGAACGACCUGACCAAGCUCUCCAAGUACCAGGCCUCCACGGGCAGCACGGUGAGCAAGCUGCUGGACAAGUCCCGCAAGGUGAGCGCGCACACGCGCGCCGUCCGCGAGCGCCUGGAGCGGCAGUGCGCGCAGGUGAAGCGGCUGGAGAGCAACCACGCGCAGCUCCUGCGCCGCAACCAUUUCAAAGUGCUCAUCUUCCAGGAAGAGCACGAGAUCCCCGCCAGCGUGUUUGCCAAAGAGCCCGUGUCCAGCCCCAACGAAGGGAAGGAGGAAGUUGCAGACGAGAACAAGUCUUUGGAGGAAACCUUGCACACAGUGGACCUCUCGUCGGAAGAUGAGUUGGCCCACGGCGAGGAGGCCCUGGAAGACAGUGCAGAGGAAAGCCUGGGAGAGAGCAGAGCCGAGAAGAUCAAAAGGUCCAGCCUCCGGAAGGUGGACAGCAUCAAGAAGGCCUUCUCUCGCCAGAACAUCGAGAAGCAGAUGAACAAGCUGGGGACAAAGAUCGUGUCUGUGGAGAGGAGGGAGAAGAUCAAGAAAUCGUUCGCUUCCAACCAUGAGAAAACAUCCUCUGGGAAAAGCUCCCCCUUCAAGGUCUCUCCUCUCACUUUCGGGCGCAAGAAAGUCCGAGAGCCGGAAAGCGCUGGGGAGAACGAGGCCAAGUCUGAAGACGUGCCCAACGACCGUGACCACGAGGGGAGCUCACUGGCCGAGGGUCUCUCCCAAGCAUCCCUCUCCAGUGUCCUGGCUGAAGGGAAGGGGGCCGAGGGAGAGAGUGGGAGGGCAGCCUCACGGGGGAGUAACUCUGGCAUGGACAGCAACGUGGACUUGACCGUGGAGGUAGAUGAGGAGUCGUUGGUGGCCCGGGAACAGGCACAGAAGGUGCGCUAUGAGGACGGCUACAACUCCACGGAGGCAGAGCGGUCAGAAGAGGAGGCCGCCCAGCCCCCGGUGCUGCAGGUGGGCCACACGGCCUGA